CCAGCUCCCGUGGUGCAGGGCCGGAGGUCAUCGCUCAGUGGGGUGUGCUACCUGACCAUGGGUCUCCUCGUGCUGCUCCUGGGCUUGGUCUUUGCAUCGAUGUAUGUGUACAGAUACUUCUUCAUCACCCAGCUGCCCCGCGAGAGCGUGUUUCACUGCGGUGUCCUUUACGAAGACUCGCUGUAUUCGCCAUUCAAAGGGCAGCUGGAGUUGCAUGAAGAUGUCAAGAUUUACAUUGAGGAGAACUAUGAGCAAAUCAAUGUCCCAGUGCCCCAGUUUGGAGGGAGUGACCCGGCAGAUAUCAUCCACGAUUUCCAGCGAGGUCUGACAGCUUAUCAUGACAUAACGCUGGAUAAGUGCUACGUCAUCGAGCUGAACACCACUAUUGUGAUGCCUCCUCGCAACCUGUGGGAGCUACUGGUUAACGUGAAGAAGGGGACAUACCUGCCUCAGACAUACAUAAUCCAGGAAGAGAUGAUCGCGACCGAGCACGUCAGUGACAUAGAGCAACUCGGCUCCUUCAUCUACCGCCUCUGCAGCGGCAAGGAGACCUACAGGCUGAAGCGGAGGAGUGCGAGAAGACGUAUUAGUCGACGUGAGGCUGGAAACUGUCAUCGUAUUCGUCACUUUGAAAACACUUUUGUGGUCGAAACUGUUAUCUGCAAAAAGUCAUGAAGCCACUCUCCAGAUGUAACCUUCCUUGGCUUUGCUUGCACACACAUGCACACACAUGCUCUCAGCCCUCUCUUUAGACAUGGUAAUCUGUCUAACAUUUUUUACUCCCUCCCCUGCUUGUGCAGCUCUAACCUCUUGGGUCCAUUGUGGCCUCACAGUAGAUUCUCUUCUCUCCCUGCUACCUACCUGAGACAUUUUCUGGGCUUAAAUUUACACAGUGGUCAAAGAUAACCCAGGAGUAGAUACAGAUUCUUCCACACCACAGGAUGGGAAUUUCUUUUAGGAGCAG